AUGGAACGUAAAGACGACAGGAAUCGACCGCGUAGCAGGGAUCAGACGGAGGAAGACGGUGCACAACGUGAUCGGAACAGACACGCAAGAGAUCGCAGCAAACGAAGAGAGAGGCGCACAGAGGACAGUCGAGACGAUGAGUCACGCGAGAGCAAAAGGCGACGCGACGGAGAAGCUGACAAGAGGCAGGGAAGACAGCGAGCGGACACUGACCACACCUCACCCGAACAUGUCCCGUCCGACUGCACUACAGCUGACCACAGCGAGAGCUGUUAA